AUGGCUGUCGAGGGCGGUAAACUACAUCUGGCCCAGACUUUACAUCACUACUGCUGUAAACACAUCCACUGUCCUCGCCACGAUCCUGUUGAUGGAAGACCUGGCCACCACCGCACGGUCAAGAAAGUGUACGAGACUGGCCAAGUAUAUCGUGUGUGGUUCUGCACAUCACAGCCCAAAGGAGAAGGUCACCGUAUCGACAACACGGAUUUCAUCAAGCUCGCUAUAGCACAACUGGACCGCGCACUGUUUGAUCAAAUCCUCCACGAAGUCAUCCGUCAACUUCGCUGCAAAGACUGCCAGCCAGUCGCCCGCAACCGCUCGCCACAGCCUGACGACCACAGCCUGACGNNACCACAGCCUGACGACUUUGAUUACGAUGCCCUGUUACAGUACGUCAAUAUGCCGAGGUUAGACUGUGUUCAAGAAGAGGGUGCUUGA